AAUCCUCGUGCUCCUGCAUACAACUUGUCGAUUCAGCGCCAUACGACGCUCCUUUAUUCAUUGCGAUGUCCUAGGAAGAGGGUCACGGGGCUCGCUGCUCGUGACCAUUUUGUUCGACUCUGGUGAAUUGAGGCCUUGACGCUGAUGAUCGUAACUGUCAUGCUUGAUCUCCCAGUCCCUUCCCUCCGACGAGCGUUGCCCAUAGCGAUGGUUAUCUAGAAAGGACCCUUCUGCCACAAUGCGCUUGCUCCACCUUUGCGUCGUCCUCUUUCAGAGCAUCUGGCUCGCGGAGUCGGGAACGAUGGAGAGGUCACGGUUCACACCCUCUACGGAACCCCUGGUUGGAAGCCCGAGCCAGAUAAGAUUGGCAGCAGAAGAAAGAGAAGACAAUUCUACAAACACCGGGAGGACAGAUCUCCCCCCUAUCUUACAGGAUAUGUUGGACGCAUUGGAGGUCAUGCAAGACAGCUACUUUGAUCUCUUCUCCGGAACGUGGCCGGACGCCAUCGACUGGACGUCUGCUGUUGUGGGAUCCCAAGUGUCAGCGACGUUGGCCAGCAUUGUUUCCUCUCUCGACGUGUCUUCGACAUCCACAUGUGCCGACAUGUUGGCCUGGCAAAACAUCAUUGAUCGAUAUUACGCACAAAUAUCUGUCUUCUAUUUUGGCGAGAACGCAUUUGCUUUACGAAAUCAGGCUUAUGACGAUAUGCUCUGGGUCGUUCUCGGCUGGCUCGAGAACCUCAAAUUCGCCGAGAUGUAUUCUCUGAAGCAUUGGGACUUUCUUCGGCACAAUAACGGCUGGCAUGGCUUGCAGGUCAUACCCAUGGCUGCCCAUCGCGCUCGCAUAUUCUACGAUUUAGCGUCAGUUGGCUGGGACGAAUCUCUUUGCGGUGGAGGCAUGACCUGGAAUCCCUAUCUGACGCCCUAUAAGAACGCCAUCACCAAUGAGUUAUUCGCAGCUGCCAGCAUUGGAAUGUAUCUAUACUUUCCAGGAGACAACAACACUUCGCCAUAUAUGGCGCAACAUUCGGACGGUUUCAUGAAGCCUCAUGAUCCGUUAUACCUCGAAAAUGCGAUCAAGAGUUACAAAUGGCUUCUGGAAAGCCGGAUGCGGCAUCGUGUCUCAGGUCUUUACCAAGACGGUUUUCACAUCACUGGCUGGCACCGGCAUCCCAAUGGCACCAUCAAUCCCGGGACCGGGGAUUGCGACGAUCUCAAUCACAUGGUCUAUACGUACAAUCAGGGUGUCAUCUUGUCCGCCAGUCGCGGUCUCUGGCUUGCCACAGGAGCGAGGAGCUAUUUGGAUGAUGGCCAUGCCUUGGUGGAAAGCGUGAUUCGCGCCACCGGGUGGCCAAAUCUCGAUCCUACCUGGCGCGGCCUGGGUAGAGGCGGCGUGAUGGAGGAAUUUUGCGACCAUGGGGGCUACUGCAGUCAGGAUGGCCAAACCUUCAAAGGCAUCUUCUUCCACCAUCUGUCAGAAUUCUGCCGGCCCUUAUGGCCCCAGGAGGAAGCAAUCCUCGCCUCGGAGAGUGGAACGGCCGAUUUCGAUCCAGGUGUCUAUGACUAUCACCUGGCACGCUGUGCGGCUUACGACAAGUGGGUGGCUCGAAACACAGAGGCUGCCCUAGCUACGAGAACUGCGCAUGGUCAUUUUGGCAUGUGGUGGACUUUUGGAGAGCCGGAAGAUGAUUCAAUGGCACAAAUCCACAAGAAUACACUGCUUCCAGCUGGUGCUGAUGACCAUCUCAAUCCAAAACCGCAGGAUUGGCCGGACCAGUCUGUUGCACCUAACGAUAGCAACGAUAGAGGUCGCGGCCGGACAGUGGAGACUCAAAGUGGAGGAUUGGCCGUACUUCGGGCCAGAUGGAAUUGGGACGUAUAUUUCAGACAGAUCACUACAUGACCCGAAUGGCAGCGAAUGAUUUGACAUAUACGUGUAUAUACGCAGCGAAAUCGAUAUUUGGGAACGCAUGAAUGGUACUUUUUUGGUCGAAUUUGAGCCUGAGGGCUUCCUUACUGACAAAUAUGCUCGGUGCCCUAAAUGAGGUCAGUUCUGGCUUACAGAAGCCUGGUGCCUACGUCGACCCACAACGAUCUUGCCUGCAGGUGCAUCUGCUCACCGGUCAUGCAACCAAAUUCCCCCGGUAAACGCUGUACCUCCUGACGAUAAAGGCAUUGGGUAAGAUAGGCGAACCUGAGAGGCGGCUU